AUGGACGCGGCCACGAAGACGUUCGAUGAGCUGAAGGAGGAGAACCAGGAUCUCAGGCAGCGGUUGCUGGCCAAGGAGCGCGAAAUCCAGGCGCUGCAGGACAUCGUGGACGCUCACAGCGAUGCCGCAGCACAGGACGUUGCGACAGGGCGCCUCGCGGAGCUGUCGAAGAAGAACCGCCACCUCAACGUCAUGAUGGAGAAGUACCGCACGGAGGCCGACCGCCUCCGCCGCGAACUCGAGGGAAAGAAGGCGCUGACGGGGUCGCCGAAGGGCAAGACCGGCGGGGGCAUCAUGGGCCCCGCGAAGGCGGGUCCGGACGGCCCGGACGGCUGGCGCGUGAAGUACGAGGAGCUACUGCAGCGCAACACGCGGCUGUCGCAGGAGAUGGGGCAACUGACGCAACAGCAGCGCGCGGUGGAGGUGCUGGUGCGGAAGGAGUACGGGGAGGAGGUGGACGUGCGCGAGCUGAUUCGGAACCCGGAGAACUUCAAGGGGCGGCAGGAGGAGAUUAUACGGCUGCGUGCCAAGGUGAGGGAUCUGGCGGCCAAGGCGGGCGCGACGGUGAAGGAGGGGAGCGGGGAGCGCGCGGUGCGGGAGGGCGUGCGCGCGGCGGCGGAGAAGCGCACGGUGGAGAUGCAGCGGCUGCAGGAGGAGAACCAGGAGCUGCAGGAGAAGGUCGACGAGGCGCGGUUCAAGUCCAAAGGGCAGGUUGGGCGCAUCCGGGUGCUUGAGAAUUCCCUCUCUCAGAUCAAAGAGAAGAUGGCGGUGGUGCUGAACAAGACCGCGACGGACGACAAGCUCAUCCGCGCACAGAAGGCCCAGAUCCAGGCCCUCACGGACCGCCUCGCUGGCAAGAGCGGCGCCGCGGGCGACGCCGAGGCGAGGAUGGAGCUCGAGCAGCGCUGCGAGGAGUUCGAGAUGCAGGUGCAGCGACAGGAGCGCAUCAUUCUCGCGCUGCAGGAGCAGCUGCAGGCGGCGCAGGAGGACGCGGACGGCGAGGACGAGGCGGUGACGCGCGGGGGGGCCGAGGAGGGGGGGGAGUACGGGGGGAGUGAGGGGGGGCAGUCGCCCGGGGCGGAGGACGCCGCGGCGGUCGCGGGCCUCGGCGGGAGCGACGCCGGGGGCGACGACGACGGCGAGGAACGAUGA